GAGCUGCUCCGCCUGCGCACAGGACCGCACGGACCCUGCGGACAAGAGAACAGCAGGUUGAAACAGUUGAGAGGCUUCAGCAGGAAAAUCAUAUAGCUGAUGAAAUCCAGAAAGUCCAGGACCAUCACCAAUUGGCCAUCAGUCAGGAGGGACACAGAGCACAAAAAUUUGGAGUGGACAGAAUAAGACAACAGCGGGUCAACUUCCAGAAACCUUGUGGACAAAGAUUCACCUCUUCUCUCCUCAUAAAACUCUCCAGGAAUCAAAACCUCGACCAAUCAAAACUAAAAUUCAAGUCUGAGUCCUGUCUACGCAGUUUGACUGAACCACAGAGGGCUGAGAACGGCUGCUGUCAGGUGAACAGCAGAACAUCAGCACCAGACACCCCUGCAGAGACAGCCAGUUACUGCCUUUUACCGACAAAACAAUUUCUAGCCACAAAGGAAAAGGAUGUUAUCACUAUUGGUUGCAAUGAACUGGAGACUACAAGGCACUUGAAUGUAAACAGUUUGCCAAAUGGUCACUUUGGACAAAAUGAAUGUAAUGGCUUGCACUUGCAUCCAUAUCGGGCAGAACCAAAAAGGACUGGCACUGGAUCAAUAGAGGUAGAGAAGGAUAUAAAGAACCAUACAAAGCUUGAGACUCAAAGGGAUUCUGAACUAUCAAAACCUGCUGUCACCAUGUUGUCUUCCUCUGUGGUCACAGUUCUCGCUCCACACUGGAGUAGCCGUCUACGACGGAGCAAAAGAUUUGAGGGAACUGGAAAUUCAGAAUCUCAGGGGAAUUUACAAGAUGUGACAAGCACUGUGACAAACCAUACUCAUCGGGAGACUCAAAUCCAACAUGGUCCAGUGAGGGUGUUGGCGGAUGGAUCACAACCCCAAGUGAGAGCCCCAUUUGUGGGUAGCAGGAGGAACGUGAUGGACUGGUCAACAAUGAGUGAUCCUGUAAGAAUGGACUAUGAUUCUAAUAAGAAAAUGAAUCAAACUGUCUCUCUGGAUGUAACCUCUGGAAGGACAGACAACAGGAAACUAAUUACAGGUGCUUUAAGCCCAAUAGCUACAAAUACACCACCACUAUCACCUCCAUCCUUUGACCCAAAUGAACAAAGGAGAAAUCCACAAACCGGCCAUAAAGGACCACUGUCACCUAUAAGCUCUAAACCAACAACCAGCAGUCUGCUUCUGUCUUUAAGACGAAUCAACUCCAGUGGCAGGAGCUCUAAUGCUCCCCCCACCUUCCCUGGUGAAAACCCUGCUCCAAGCGAUCAAGAAGGAAACUCUUUCAAUAAUAAUGAGCAACAGAGGUCAACGCCUGUCCGCUCUCCAUUGUCCAUUUCUUAUAGGUCAACUGAAAUCAGGCCUGUCCUUUCCCCAUCACCCUUCGACCACAGAGAAAGAAGUGUGUCUGAACCCCGCUUCUUUUCAACUUCACCUUUAAAAAAAGACACACCCUUCACUCAACAACCUCAAACAUGUUCCAAACAGGCAUUUCUGAGUAAUGUGCCAUCAGCAAGGCAACAGAUCUGCAGGAGUUCAAACAAAAAUCCAAACCUAUUCCCAAAGAGCUCAGUUCCCUCGCCCAGACAUUCCCCAUAUGAUCCCUCUGCCCUCCUAAAAACCCACCCCCUCCCUAGAAGGACCACACUGACAUCCACUUCCUGGUGGAAACAAGUUACCCAGGAAGGCAGUUCUCCUUUAAGCCCUGAUGAUACAACCAAUAUCAAAGACCAGCCGAACACACCCUUAGUUCCACCCUGUGAUGACAGCAGCGCCUUGGCAGUGCCAACUUUAACUGACAGCAAAAGAUUUAGCAGUCAAAUCCCCAAUAACAGAAACAACAACAGCACAGAGUCAGUUUUCAAAGGUAACAUGAACCUUAUUAUGACACAGGGAGGAACUCACAACCUUAAACAAAUAAAGGACUCACCUGAAUACAAAUCAGACAGACUAUUCAGAAGGCAAUAUGCCUCCUCUUUAAAUAACAGGGAACCACUGAAGCCUCUUAAUUUACCAGAUGUUUUGUCUAGGUCUCAUAUUAACAGAGCUGCAGCGCAGACAACACUGAGUCACCCUAAAGAUCUCAGCAAGAGUCCUGUAAGUAAUAGUUCAUUUACAGCCAAUAUAACUGAAUUAUCUCCUACUUUGAUAAAUCUCAAGAGCUCAGAUUCACCCACUGAGAGGAGCAGCAAAUACAAAAAUGACCAAGUCAGCAGCACUCCCACAUCUCUUCACAACAAGGACUCUGAAAAGUUAACCAAGCAUUCGCUUAACCUUUCUUCCACCAUCCCUCUCAACAGUCAGGCUCCUGCUUCUAAAACUACAUCUGAUCUCCCUCCAACCUCAAACACAAAAACUGAUUCCUCCUUUUAUUUCCAUCCACUUCAUUCUCAGACAAACAUUCACACUUCAAACACUGAUUCAUCUUCCCAAACAUCCAAAUUAACUGACAAAGCCAACGUCACACCUCUUGGCUUUAAAAGAAGCUAUGUCUCCAUUCCCACGCAUGUCCACCCUAAAGCAGUGUCUAGUCUAAUUCACACUGUCAGUGCUUCCCCCCAAUUAAACAACAUCCCUGUAUCCUCUGCAUCCAUCACCUCUACUACCACUGCCAGCCAUCCUGCAGUCACAACUGCCCCAGGCCCAUCCUUCCUUACUCCUGCCAUCAAGUUAUCUCCUACCACCACCACCCUCUCCCCUCUCCUAACCCCCCCUGCCACCCCAAACAACACUAGCCCAAGCUACUUAGAUACAUCCAACCCCAAGGAAAGUAGGACAUUCUCAAGCAGCCUAGAAAGAGACAAAAAGAAACUGGGCCAAGAGGUAAAGGGAAAGAGAGUGAGACGAGUAACAUGGGAGGACUCUCUGGAUCACCCGUGUUCUGAGCCCACCACAGUAGAGAAACCAGAUCCAUCUGGUGUCUCAACAAGUCCUCUCUCACCUUGUGUUAGAGCCCCACCCAUUUUCUCCUUUCUAAGAUCAAGCAGUCCAACCAUAAAUACAUCUCCUCUGUGCCCCACUACCUCCCAAACCCCUAGCAUACAGAUGGGGAAAGGAGGGAGGUAUCGAUGCCUGUCAUCUGACUUUGCUGAUUUAACAUCCACAGAGCAAGAGAUGUCGAAGAGAGGAGCUAAUGAGACACUUAUCUCUGACCCACUUAGACAGGAGUUAACCACAACUGGGCAAGAGAGGACACAAUCAAUUGAGUCUGGCAAAGUCCAGUGCCGUUCCUCUGCAGCUCUCUCCCUCCCUCCUGACUUUUCAAGUGGUUAUAAGCUUCGUUAUAGCUCCCCGCCUUACUCCACUCUAAUGUCUAGCAGGUCAACACAGGGAGAACUCAAGACAAUCAAGCCCAGAUCACCCCUCUUCCAACAAGCUUCUCAUUCAGUUUAUACUCCACUUUCCUUACAUACUGAACCUGGUUCAGGUAUAGCCAUACCCACAUCCAAAUCCCCUCUGGCACCUGUCAGCCCACCCCAGACAUUUUCUUUUCCAGUGAAAAACAAAAUUGCCACAAAAGAAAGUUCACAUGAGGUUUCCGAAACAUAUCAAAUCAACAAUCAGAGCCAGUAUAGCAAUCAUGAUACCCAGAAUGGCCAGCUAUUACUUGUCAACAACAGAGUUCAUAUCAGCUCCCCAUGUGAAAAGGCACAAAUCUCAACAUGUGUAACUGAAACACUAGUUUACAGCAUUAAAUCUAAAACAAAUACAGCUACAACUUCCUCAAAGAACACCACACCUAAACCCUUGCAACAUACAGAGGCCAAGUUAAGUCAACCACACAGAGGGAAGAAUAAGGAAGCAACAGGUGAACCACAUAGUCAUUCAGGUCAGAGCUCCAGUAGUGGCAGCUCAGCAGACAGUCAGUCCCAGUGUGACGGAAGCCACAACAGAAAAACAAAGGAGAAUGUGCUGGGUAAAAGCAGGUUCUUUUCAGUGGAGAGCAGCAAUGAACAAAGCCCAAAGAAAAGCCGGUUUGCACUGAAGAAAAGUGUCAGCACACCAAACUCCAGUUUGUCAAGGUCAGAAUCAGAGAGGUCCAACAAGACAAACAAUAAAAUGGACCAGGUCCUUAACAAAAUAAAACAAACAUUUAGCACCAGACGGUCUGAUGACGAUCCAUCAUUUCCAUGGAAAUGGAAGAAGGCUUCACAAACACCAUCUAUCAGUGGAUCAAGUGACAUUAGCACAGUCAGUGAUAUCACCUCUGACAGGACCAAAAUGGUUAAGGAGAGAGAGAAGGAGGGAUUCGUAAUUAAGGACAGUGACCAAGGAACAGAGGGUGCAAAGAGACAGACACAAAACAGAUACAUUAUCAUACCACCCCCAGCUGCUGGUUUCACAUCAGCAGGAGAUCAGUUCUCCAUUUGGUCAGAAAAAUCUAAUCAAGAAACUGACCAAGAUGAGCAAAAUGCUUGUGCAAGAUUGUCUGACAAUAAAACCCAAGUUCAUCUUAUGCCCCAUACCCCAAAAAUACAUAAUUUUGACAAGACAGAUUAUAAACCCACAAUCCAGUUACCCACGUGUAGAGAUCUCAGUCCUGGUAGGAGCCCUAACCCCUCUGGUAGUUAUCCUACUCAGUUUAGGAAGUCCACAUCCAGCUCCAGGAGCCCCUUCUCCCCCUUUCCCUCUCUCACCCCUGUCUCCCCAUUUUCCUCACCUGACAUAACAGAUGACAAUGUCUUCUACAGCCCAAAGCUACAGCGUUGCAAGUCAUCCUCACCAUGUGAGCCAGAAGAGGGAAUCAGCCUAGGGGGUUCAAGAAGAAGCCGUGCAUCCACUGGUCCUCCAAGUGCAAGUCCUGGACAGGACAGUGAUCACUUUGCAUCAUCCUAUGCAGACUUAAAGUAUGGCAUUGAGCCUGGGAGGUCAUUUUCUGUGAGCUCAGUACUCUCCAGUCGUCCCUCAGGGCCUGGACGCAUCUCCACUGGAUCCAGAUUCAUGAGUGUGGGUGAUCUCUCGGUAUCAUCCUUGACUUGUGGAGGUAAUGACAAGGACUCAGAUCAGUGGUCUUUCACACCUGAUUGGACUACAGAAUAUGAUUGCAUGCCUCCAGGUGAAUACAGUGGUUCACAUUUCCCCAGUGAGCCUGGUAAAAUGAGAUCACGGUCUCUUCCUCGAUCAUUGACCAGGCGCUUAGGAAACUGGAGCUCUGGAGUCUCCGUUUCUCAACAUGGAAAUGCCACAGGCUCAAAGCAAGCUAAUCGUUGGAGCCCGAACAUGAACAUUUGCCAGUUUGAAUGGGAUACAGAGGGUCCCCCAACACCCCCUCCAACACCUCCCCUGUCACCAGUGUGUAGACGGAUGUCCCAACCCCCCAGCAUUUCUUCCCCUACCUUUCCCAGCCCACCUGGAGCACCACUGUCAGUGGAGAGCCAGUCCUCUAGAGGGCAUUUGCCCUCCAGAGGUUAUGUGUCCAGCCUUAGCACCUUUGAGGAGUCUUCUGACAGCAGCUCAGACACGACAACCGAUGACGAAUAUUACUUAGAAACAGGUGAUGGUGAAGAAAAGGAGACAGAAUUGUGAAAGUCGAAACAACUGCUCUCUUUCAAGUCUGUGAUCCUGAACUUAAUGAUGGUGAAUAAGGAGAAACCCCCCAAGAGAAGAAAGAUGGGCUGUAAUCUGUCAUGUGCAAUGACCUCUGCUGCUCUUUUGCUCUUUUCGUGACACAGAGGAAACAUGAGGUCAGAAGAGACAGCUGGUUGCCUGCAUGAUUUGCUUUUCCAAAGUGGUGGUUGCUGUUGUGUUAAAUAGCCAAGCAUGAUAUUAUCAGCACAGUUUUAAACAUGUUUUAAAGGAUGAACAGUGUACUUUAAUUAGCUGGCAUAUGUGGAAUAAAAUAAUAACCAUUGUUCAACAUUUGUAGUUCUGACAGUUGCAUGGCAUUAGUGAGGGAUGUACAUCUUUUCAGCUGUUUUAACAAUAAGUCUUAUCUUUCUCAUUUGCAUUUCAUCCUGCUACUUAAUAAUAAGUGCUGAGGUAAUGUGGAUAAAUAUGCUAUAACAUAUUUCAACAUCUGUCUUCUGUGUUUGAAGAUUGAAAUGAAUUGGAGUAAAUGUAGUCGGCAUAAUGCAGAUACAGUUAAUUUUUGUGGUUUAAAAA